GUGUCAGCAAGCGGUGAGUAUUCGCAUCCAAUAAUCAUCUCACCGGCGUACGGUGGCAAAUGCGUAGUAACAGUAAAGAUCUCACGUAAGCCCAUUUCUACCAAAACUUUACUUCUGACUAAAGGUCCUAGCAACCCUACUUCUCUUUGUCGAACUUCCAAGUGGUAG